GAAGCAGCUUCUUCGUAUCAUCUAAUUUCUUAUAUAUUAUUUAAUUUCCACUUUGUAAUAAUAGUUUCUUGUUUUAUAGUCAAUGGGAAGGUAAUGUUUGUGCCGUGUGACUCAAAAAUUCAAUUCCAAGUGCAAAUAAAUCACUUUUAUUCUCUUCAUUGAUGUCUCUACAGCAGUGUUUACAGAAUGGAAAAUAUGUCUGGCCAAUCAGCAGACACCUUGGGGGAUCAUUUCACACUUGUCGUGUCAUGAACUACCAUUCAGCAAUAAAAGAAUUGAACAUAAGUUUCUCAAGUAAAAUAACAGUAAAUGUCACAAAUUUUCAUGUUCGACAUUUAUGCAAUAGUGUGGCACCAGGAGACCUGCCAGAGCUGCCCAGAAAUCUGUACAUACAACCAGUAGGUGACAAAGCCAACAGCAUGCCUAAAGACAUAUUCAGGAAUAAAACAGAAAUGUCUAGUACUGAGUGGGAAGAGACAAUUGCAUUUAUUCUUCAAGAGGAUUCACAAGUGACUGUGCAUUGUUGUGAUGCUGUGGUGAUUAAGAAGUGCUUGCAACAUUGUAACUAUUCUCUUGCAAACUCCUACUUGGACCACAUAGCAAGACAGGGACGAGAACCUAACCUGGCCACACUUGGGGCGUAUCUACAGCUGUGUGGUCAGGUUGUGGACCAGUGUGGAGAGGAAAAGAUAUUCGAGGUCUACCAGAGGAUAACUAGUCAGGUUAAGGUACUGGACUCCACACUAAGUAAAAGUGCUAUUCUGGCCUUGUCAUCAACACGUGAGUGGAAAAAGGCACUAAAACAUCUGCCCAUAAUCAGGAAGAUGUCAGAGAUCUGUAGAAGUACAUACAGUGCCAUCAUUGCAAGUGCCUUCAGGAACGGGGAAUACGACACUGGGUUUCACUACCUAGAUGUUAUGUGGCAAGAAAACAAGUUACCCACGGAUCAGGUGUUCUUGGAAUGGGUCAAACAGUGCACUGCUCUUAAAACAACUGAAGAGAAGAAGGCAAUGAUGGAAACUCUGUUUCACAAACUUGCUACAUAUGAAAUUUUUCCUACACUGCCUGUUAUUCAGGAGAUUGACUUAAUGUAUAAAGAACACUUAGCUUGGUUUAGCAGCUAUGUGACGAUACCCUCAAGUGGUAAAUGUCCAGCAUGUGGAGGUCAGCUGAAGAGUCCUGAACUUGAUGAAGAGGAAUUUAAACAAUUACAGAAAGAGUUUAUGCCCCGAGUCCUACAUGGAUCAGACAUUUUUCUUUCAACUAGCCCCAAAGAAUGGAAGAUCUUUCAAGAGUUUGUAGACAAACACAAACCUUUCACAACUGUAGUCGAUGGUCUUAAUGCAUCAUAUUCAUCUGGUUUGAUUAAUAGCACACCUGGCAAACGUGUUAAUUUUGUAAGUAUAUGCAUGACCAAAGAUGACGGAUUCUUCAUAUAUGCUGCCCUCCAAUCUGGAUAUGGAACUAAAGUUGUAACUAAUGACUUGCUACGAGACCAUCUGUUUCGUCUGGGACAGACAACACUGAGAGAGACUUUCCGACGUUGGCAGAGAAUUCACCAGAUAAUGAUCAUUCCAUCACUUUCUGGUGCCCAUGUAUUGUUUCCUGCAGUCUUUAACACCAGUGCCCAGUGUGGAGUAAAUGGUGGCUGGCACAUCCCAUAUGAUGACAAAACCCCUCGUCACUCGUACCAGCUGCCUACCACUUGGAUUUGCCUACAACCAACACCUACAAGGCAGAAUAUACAAUUCUCUCAAGUCAAAAAUGCACGUAAAAAUGAGGUUAAAGACAGUGUUGCUCAAUAUAUGGAAAAUACACAGUCAAGGAGACAGCCUAGGAAAUAUAAUUUUGACCAGAGUGAUAGUAUGCAGCAAGAAAAAAUGAGAACAUCAAGAGCGACAAAUUUCAAGCACUCAGGAACGUCAAUAUCAAAGGAUCUCAAGCAGAGGCUCCUAAGAAAUAUUAAUGGGUCUGUGUCAAGAAAAAAUAAUAGAAAAAAUGAAAUGAUGGAUUUGAAGACAUGCUCACUUUUAGAUAUAUUUGACAAUACUGAUAAGUAGAAAGUAAAAUUUUGGUUUGUAUAAUUUUCUAAAUUGGCAAAUUUAUUAUAGAGCUGAAUGUUGUAAAAAUUAUAUGUGAUCUCGGUUUUUAACACAUUUGCCAUUUUGCAUCACUUGUUUUCUAGCAGUCUUGCCAGAGGUCAGCAGACAUCACAGUUCAAGCUAGCUGUAUGUACUGUAUAUGUAUUUAUUUGUCCCAUGUACAAAUAUCAUACAUAUAUAUACAGCCUCUUCUCACUUAGCGACAUACUCAUUUACCGACGACUCAGACCUAUGACGGGCUCUGACCAGUAUGCAUACCUAAAUAAUGUAUAUUAGAGCUGAUUUCCUCUAUUCUGUUUAUUACAAUAUACAGUACACUACUGUAUAAACAUUUAAAAAUACAUGUAUACAAGAAAUGUUAUAACAAGUGCAAGGUGAUAUUAAAACAGUAUCAAAGAUGGUUGACACAAACCCACUACCAUU